ACUCCUCCCAAUCGUCGGUCUUGAUCCAUUCCCCUAUGCGGGGUGCCACGCCAUGUGAUUCGGUUUUGGGCAGUCGCCAAGAGCGCGCACCAGAUACCCCGACGAGUACCCUCUCCUCCGUAGACAGUGACAGAUGAUUCAGACGCUAUGGCGGGUGAGGGCUUCAUUCCCUAGCAGUGGUUUUCAGCUCGCUUUCUCGAAAGUGUGUUGAUGAGUGACUGCGUAGCAUGGCACGUGAGAGUGUGUUCAAAGAAUAAACCUUACUGUCGGAGAGUGGAAUGUAAUUCACUGCCGUGUUGAAAGAAUAAAUCUUAUCGGUGGAGAGUGAGUGGAAUAUAAUUCAUUGUUCUGAGUUACAUAUACUCGCAGUACUACCGUCUAGGAUAUUAAGCAAAUAUGGUGGUCGAUGCGAGCGGACGCGACCUUCGAAGGCCUUACCAAUUUUUCGAAUUUUUCGCCCGUCACCACCAUCAGGAAAAUCAGCCAGAGCAAACGGCUUCCCGCGACGGGCAGCAGAGGCUUUGCAGGAGCAAGGUCAUCUGGCAGGCCGCGAUGAAGUACAACGUUGCCCUGGCAUCGAUUGUGCCCUGGGCCAUCGCGAUCUUCACCCUGAUCCAACUCGGGGAGACGUUUCUCGUGGGGAUCCUCAUCAUCUCCUUCGCCUGCUACUCCGGGUGGCUGGUCACCAAGUUGGUCCAGUUCGUCCAGAACUACGAGAUUCAACAACUGGAAGAUGCAAGGGAAUCCCCAGCAUCCCUGGAACCUCCACCUUACGAAAUCGUCGUGGCCAAACCGCCUCCGUACAACGAGUUAUAUGACUUAUCCAUAUUGUCACCAGGUCACUCGCACAGUCACAUAGCCGUACAUAGUAGUCCGCACGGCCACAGCAGUCAUCACGCAUCAAACGUCCCCUUUUACUUCGUCGGCAGAAGCGAGAGGCCGCAGUGCUCGAAGUGUCAGAAGCAGAAUGGGCCUUCCGAGGAGAGCCAGGGUCUUCCGACGUAUGAGCAAGCACUCAGCAUGAUGGCUCAAGAGUCAGCCGCCAAUCGUUGAUUUUUGCCGCGACGUCCGACAGUGAGAAAGUGUUGAAUCCGAAGCACUCAAAUGGUUGUGAAUUUCUCUGACAACUGGAUAUAAAUAUUUUUUUAUGCCAGUUGAAUUUACGUGAAGACUGGUGUUUUAAAGUGUUGAGAGCUGCUACUAGCACUGACAAACUCACACGCACACAUGUAUAUAUAUACAUACAUAAUUGAAGGCAAAUGGCACGAAAGAAAAAAUAAAGCAACUGAGUGGUUGCUUGGCCACUCGACACAAUGGUCAUUUACUAUAACUGGUUCACUUAAGGUAGGUGCUUGAGUGAGCCCUGUGCCUACGAGACGUUUGUUUGGCGGCCGCUAAUUAGCUGGUACAGGGCUCACCCAAGAAUCUACCUUAAGUGAACCAGCUAUAGUAGUCUGCUAGUAAAGGACUGCGUCGAAAGGCCUAGUAACCACGCCGUUGUUUCGUUCUCUCCAUCGUGGCAUUUACCUUUAUACAUUCACCACGUUCCAUAUCUUCGU